UUCGAAGGUUGUCGUGAAGUGGUUCGGCCGUCGGACACGCAGACUAGUACAGAGAAGAAGGGUGGAACUUGAAGCUUGAAGGGCUCCUCACAUGGUCUUCUAGAAUUAAAAGGGGAAAAACACGAAAGAGGGAAGGAGGCAGGAGGCAUGUACGGAGCUUUUCUUUCAUGGCUCUUGUUCUUUUUCCUUCUAAUCGGUCUGGUUUGCCUUAUCGUCUACCAGCUCAUUUGUUUAGCAGACCUAGAGUUUGAUUAUAUCAACCCUUAUGAUUCAGCAAGACGGAUAAACAGCGUGGUUUUGCCGGAGUUUGUCACGCAAGGAGUCCUGUCGGUCCUUUUCCUCAUAACAGGGCACUGGUUUAUGUUUCUGUUGUGUAUUCCGUACCUUUACUAUAAUGUCAGAAUCUACACACGGAAGCAGCAUUUUGUAGACAUUACCGAGAUCUUCAACAUGCUCAACUGGGAAAAGAAGCUACGGCUUAUUAAGCUGGCAUACGCUAUUAUCCUUCUCUGCCUAACUUUAUUCUGGAUGAUUUAUAGUGUUUUGGAAGAUGAUGAGUAAUCUGGUGUUGUUGCUUGGUUUCGUUAUCCUUGGGAAUGCUCCCACUGUAAGUAUUAAGUGCAUUUGAAUUGCUGCAUUCUUUUAAGUAAUAUAUAGUAUAAUGCUGGAUUUUAGCAAAGCCGUGCUGGAGUAUCACAACCCAUUUUGUUGGCGAACCUCCUCUUGAAUUUUCUAUAAUGUAGAAAAGGUGAUCUGAAAUUUCAACAUA